AUGUCUGAAAACGAAUUACAACUGAAUAAUCUUUCAUUGGGAAGACGAUUAUCAAUUAUCACUAAGGCACAAUAUCGAUAUGAAGGAAUAAUUGCAGGCAUCAAUCUAAUUGAAGGUGUAUUGACUUUGCAAAAUGUACAUUUUCACGGUAUUGAAAAUCGGAAACCUCCUGACGGUACAUAUCCUAUCGGAGAUGAAGCAUCCAUAGUUGGAACAGUUUUUGAUGCAAUCGCAUUUCGGAUAUCUAAUAUUUGUCAAAUAUGUCCACUGAAUGAUGAAAAAUCACUUCGAAAUGAAUCACACAAUACAGCUGUACACACGAAACAAGCUGCAUUAGAUGACAGUAAUAGAAAGAGACGAAGACGACAGACUACUUGGUAUUAUGCUCCAACACAACACAACGGCUCCACCAGAACAAGCUCAUUUCGAAACAAACACACCAAUGCAGAUUUGUCAGUUGUGAAUACACACAGAAAUUCAACAAAUCAACGAGCCAUCCGACAACCACCAACUCUCGUCACCUACUCUCGUAAAGGUCGAAAUGGCCUAUCAAUACCGAAUCAAAGAGACUAUAUACCCGUCAUCCCGAUUGUCACACAUCCGCCAAAUCUAUACAACAAAUCUGCUCAUCCUUUCAACACACGAUAUUCUAACAAGAAACAAAAUCAACAUAUGCGAAUUCCAAACAACAACUACACACACCAUAUUCACAACAGCAGUGUCAAUCCAUAUGGUGGAGUGUAUAUUUAUUUACCUCCUCAAGUGCCAACAACAUUUCAACAACGAUCGUUCAACUUCGUAGCUCCUCCGGUUAGGCGGACUAAACGUCGUGUGUUCGAAAGAAGAAAGGCGACCACAAUCAAUUCCAGUGUGCAAUCUGAUUUUACCAAACCAUACGAUUUCGAAAUGGCAAAUGCUGAACUGGCAGCAGAGUUGGCCAAAAUAAAUCUCAAUCCAGAUAACGAUCCACCAGUAAGUCGAGAACACUCGACAGCAAACAAGACUGCAACCACUCUUGUUGUUGGUAAAGUUAUUAGUGAACGACCAAUAACGUCCACAACAACCAAUGAUGCUUCAAGACUAUCAACCAGUGUCAAUAGUCCAUCAUCUGGAGAUUCACCUACAGGAGCAGUCAGUUCCACAACACUCAACAACAUGAACGAACACAUCACUGAAAAUAAGAGUUCAUCUCAUCACAGUAACGCAACGCAAUCUAAGUGA